UCCUGGCCUGUGUGCUUGUCCCGGCCACGCUGCUCCUCUUCGUUGCGCUGCGGUCGCUGCGGGGUCGCUUCGUCGGGGAUGCUCUCCCGCUCGAUUCGUCUCUGCUGCGGCCGGCGCCCCCCAUCCCAGAGCCCAAGUAUUUCCACGAAUCCAGCGAUCGGUUUCAUGCCGAUCGGCGCUAUGCCCAGGACGUCGAAGAGUCCUUCAACGGAAGCGAGGAGCUGAUCCGCCGCCACUGCCUCUCCAGCCUCCACGCCGUCUUCGAGGCCUGGUCCCGCUUUGCCCAGCAGCACCAGAUCGAGCACUGGGUUGCCCACGGCUCUCUGCUCGGCUGGUUUUGGGGCCAGAAAAUCAUGCCCUUUGACGACGACAUCGACAUCCAGAUGAAGGCCUCCGAGCUGGUGCGCCUGGUGCCCUUCAACAUGACCAUGAUCGCCCCCUUCAUCCUGCUCGACGUCAAUCCGCACUUCCACGACCGAACCACAUACCCUGGCAACCCCAAUGUCAUCGACGCCCGCGUUAUCGACACCCGUACCGGCUAUUUCAUGGACAUCACUGGGCUGGCCCCCGUCCAUCCCUCACCGCAAGGACCCUUUGGAUCAUCGGCCGUCGUCUGGCAGUGCAAGUCUCCGUGGCAGUACCGAGCCGCCGAUCUCUUCCCGCUGGUUCCCACUCACUUUGAGGGCUUUGCGACCUUCCGGCCCCGCAACUACCACGGUGCUCUCGUCCAAGAGUAUCCGGCCUACCGGGUGCCGAGUUUCCGUUCCUAUGUGUUUGAUUUCGCCGAGCGAGCCUGGGUGCUCGCCAGCAGCAGCAAUCUGUCUCAGUUGAAUCGGAUCCCACCGCUGUCGUUCCUCCUGUGGUCCUUCUGGGUCGAAGCCUCGGCCUUGUCGAUGCUGCUGAAGCUCUCAAUCGGGUUUCUUCUGAUACUGCUUCUGGCAAUGCUGGCGUUGCUCGUGGCCCUGUCCAGGACCAGCACCCGCAUCGCCAAGGCCGCUCGCAAUAAAUGAUCUGCCUCGGCUGCUGUCCCUCUCUCUUUCUCUCCCU